AUGGCUGGGCUGCUCUUAAGUGGGUUAACUCUAAGCCAUGGCUUAGAAGUGAAGAUGGACUGUCUCCUCGUCUCAAUUUGUCCUCCAGUUCCUUUCACCCAUCUGAAGUUCUCUAGUCCAUAUGAAACAACCAUCAAUGAACAGAUCAGCGUGGAAUGCAAUGUCUGCAAUGCCUACCCUACUCGGUAUGCCUAUUAUGUGGAGAUAAUAUUGCUCUCGAGGCUUUUACUGAAUUUUGCAAGGAAUCUAGUACAAAGGAAAGAGAGCAAUGCUGAGAAAUUGAUGAAAUACCAGAAUAUACACGCAGGAAAAGUGAAGUUACGGGUCGUAAUGAGGCUACUGUCAGGACUUGAUAAUGAUGAAAAAGAGGAUGCAUUGCAUGUAGUUUUACAUGUAAAAUACCUGUUAGCGUGCUGA